UGCAGCUUCCCAUAUAUUUUCCAUCCCUCCAUAACCUCUCCAAAUGUAUUCUGUUUCUUGCAAUAGGUCAUGGUAUCAGAUGAGAGUCCAGGACCACCAAACCAGCUUUGUAUCCCUGAUAACAAGCUCCUGCAGGAAAGAGCUCUACCGUCUCCUCAGUGUCCUCCCUUUGCUGAAGAUGGAAGCCAAGGAAACCUGCCAGGAGCAAAAAUCACACUGAUGAGCCAGCCUCAAGAGCCAGUGACAUUUGAGGAUGUAGCUGUGAACUUCAGUAAUGAGGAGUGGCAGUUUUUGACCCACGCUCAAAAGCACCUCUACAAAGAUGUGAUGUUGGAAAAUUAUGGGAACAUGGUAUCACUUGGAUUUCCAUUUCCUAAACCUGCCUUGAUCUCCCAUCUGGAGCGAGGGGCAGAGCCCUGUAUUCAGGAUCGACAGGACAGGGAGUUCCUGAACUGCUCCUACCCAGGCCAACUCCAGCUGCCGUAUCCACAACUAUCAGCUGCCAAGGCAUGGCCUGAGAAUGAGAAGGCAAGUUCAGAACAGGAGGUUUGUGAAAAUGGAGAAGUCUGCUGGGUGAAAUUUAAAAGUCUCCUAAAAGUUGUUUCCCAGGACCCAGAGGUUGGAGAAGUUUGUGUACAGGCUGUCAAAUUAGAGAAUCAAUGGGAAAUGCCUAUGAGGGAGAAACUGAGAGGAGAGAAAGAAAGCUUUGAGAGAGUGAUCUUCAAGAAAGGAAAAAACCAGAAUGUACUUGAGAAAAACUUCAGUCCAAACUCAAAAUGUAUUUCAUAUAGAUUUCUUACAGAAAAGAAACUCCAUGAAUGUUCCAGGUGUGGCAAAAACUUCAGUUGGCAUUCUGACCUAAUUCUCCAUGAGCAAAUUCACUCUGGCAAGAAACCCUAUGUGUGUAAUGAGUGUGGGAAAGCAUUCAAGACCAAAAAUCAGCUUUCUAUGCACCAGAUAAUCCACACAGGGGAGAAACCCUUUAACUGUACCCAGUGUGGGAAGGCCUUCAAUAGUAGAUCAGCUCUUUGCCGACAUAAGAAAACCCACAGUGGGGAGAAGCCUCACCAGUGCAGUGACUGUGGGAAGGCCUUCAAGACCAAGAACCGUCUCAGGAUACAUCAGAUCAUCCACACGGGGGUGAAGCCUUAUGAAUGCAGUGAGUGUGGGAAGGCCUUUCAGUUUAAGCACUGCCUUAUCAUCCAUGGCAGAAGCCACACCGGGGAGAAACCCUAUGAGUGUGAGGAGUGCGGGAAGGCCUUCAGCGGGAGUUCAGACCUCAUCAAACACACAAGAGUCCACACUGGGGAGCGACCUUAUGAGUGCAAUGAAUGUGGGAGGGCCUUCAGCCAGAGCUCAGACCUGAACAAACACAAAAGGAUCCACACUCAGGAGAAACACUGUGGGUGCCCUCAGUGUGGAAAAGCCUUCAGCAGCAAGGCAGAGCUCACCAAACAUAGAAGAAUCCACACUGAAGAGAAGCCUCACAAGUGUAAGGAGUGUGGGAAAGCCUUUCGUCAUAAGUGUAAACGCAGGGCUCAUGAACGAGAGCACACCGGGGAGAAGCCCUAUCCAUGUGGGGCUUGUGGGAAAACUUUCCAAGAUCAGCACUGCCUUACCAUACAUCAAAGAAUCCACACUGGAGAGAAGCCUUAUGAAUGUUCAGAGUGUGGGAGAGCUUUCAGUGGGAAAUCAAACUUGACCAAUCAUCAAAGAAUCCACACUGGAGAGAAGCCUUACAUAUGUGAGGUGUGCAGAAAGGCCUUUCAUCAUAGUUCAGUCCUCAGGCAGCACAAAAGAAUCCACACUGGUGAGAAGCCAUAUACCUGCUAUGAGUGUGGCACAUCUUUCCGUCAGAGCUCAGCUCUGAUUGGACACAAGCGAGUUCAUACUGGGGAGAAACCUUAUGAAUGUGAGGAGUGUGGAAAAGCUUUCAGAGUGAGUUCAAAUCUUACUGGACAUAAGAAAAGAAAACAUAGAAUGUGGAGAACCCACAGACUUGAUGAAAGUGGGAUAUCCCUCUCUCCAGUAACUGGUUUUCAGACCUUUUCAUUCAUCAAUAUUUUGACCACCAACACCUGAGAGUAGUGAUUCUGGUGUUUACACGUUCUCAUUUCUCCUUCUACUUCUUACACUGGU